CAACAAUCAUUAUUACCAUAGGCAAUCACACCCACCAAUUAAACCUCCUUUAUUAUCUCUCUCGACAACAACAACAAACGCCCACAAUAGCAGACGUAUCCGUACGGCGACACCUGGCAACCUCCCCCGUAUUAUAAGGCGUGCGUGACGGGGAAAAGGUGACACAACAGAGCGGGUCUUUGAAUAUUCCUGAGUGGCAGCCGAAGACGAUGAGCAACAAACGGCUUCCACUCCACGCCUUCGCGAUCAUCUUCGCUCUGUCGGCAAGCGCGAAUUCCCUCGCCUCUAAGAGGACCCCUGAUUCCUCCAAGACUCCCGACGGAUUCUUGAAAAUCCAGACAUCUGCUGAGGAAGAGGAGGAGGAGGAGGGUAUGCUAGCGAGGAGCGGGGAUCUGGAGGAGAAGCAAGUCCUUCGGGGGUGUCCAGACUGCCAGGGUGGAGGAAGGAACUGCACCGUCCUUGGCCUCGAGGGCGGGGAAAAGGAGACGAAAGGAGCUUUUCAUCAAUUCCUCGAAAGGAAGUCUCGAGUUAUAGACUUGGAGGCCGAGUUCCUGACGAAGGAGAAGCAGAAGGAGGAGAAUGAAACGUCUGGAAAGCCCGCGCUGACCGAGGAGGAGGCCGUCUCCUUCAGCAAGAUGUUGGUGGCCAUCCUGCAGAAGGAGAUGAAGAACUGUGACAUCGUCCUUGCUUACGACGAAGGAUACCGCAUCCCCGUCAUCCUGAAGGAGCUUCUGAGACUUCCUAACCCCAGGAAGCUCAUCUACGUGAAGCCGUCGGAGGAACUGCCAGGACAGGUCUGGGAGUCUUCUCAGUGCCGAGGAUACGUGUACCUCCUUCAGGAUCUGGCUCCGCUCCUACGCCUCGCCGACACCAGGCAGGAUGCGUGGGAUUUCAGUGGAAAGUUCGUGUUCGUGGCGCCCACCAAAGCCCACCUGGAGGACUUGGCUCUCUCGCGAUGUGGCAGGAAGACAGAGAACAUCGCCGGCAUUGCGAAGGCAUCCAGCAAGAGCGAAUGGGGCGUGUACAUCAACCUCCUGUACUGGGGUUCGGGCGUCGCACGAGUUAACACUUGGAAGCGCGGGCGGUUCACUCUCCCGCUCGCUCUCUUUCCCGAUAAGCUGUCGGAUCUGAGGGGCGUCGCUCUGGAGGUCGUGACGUUCGAGUGGGAACCGAGCGUAUUUUAUUACCGAGACAAGGCUGGCCGAGUGUUGUUUCGCUACGGCACUGACAUCGGUGUGGUUAACGCUCUCUCGCAGGUCCUUAAUUUCACCGUGGCUUUCAAGGAGCCGCCACAGGGCGAGUAUUGGGGACGAGAGAUAGAAAACGGGUCUUGGUCUGGCAUGAUGGGGAAACUAUCCAGAAAUGAAGUGGACAUCGGAGUGGGCGAUCUGUACAUGACCAUAGUUCGCGUGGGAAUCCUGGAUUACACGGCUCCUUACGACUCAGAGCUGAGCUGCUUCAUGGCCCGCACGGAGCCGCCUCUCCCCCGCUGGCAGGCCCUGGCCUUCCCCUUCCAAGGCUUCACGUGGUUGGCCAUCUUCGGGGGCCUCAUGCUCACUGGCCCCGUGCUCUACUUGCUGGCCAGGGCGAGCAAUUAUUGCGGCGAAGAAAUCGCGUGCCUGCAGUCACUCGCCUACAGCUGGUAUUACGCCGUCGGCCUGCACUGCUGCGAGGCCCAGGUCAUCCUCCCGACGAUGAAGAGCACUCGAGCCUACGUCAUCUUCCUGUGGCUGUACUGCAUGAUCAUCACCAUUGCUUAUUCCACCAACCUCACGGCCUUUCUCCUGGUGACCAAACAGCCUCAGAGUAUGGAGACGAUCAGGGACCUGCACGCGUCGGGGGUCGAGGUCUCCGGCGUCGGGAAAUUCUACGGCGACGCGCUGGCCUCCGCGAGCGAUCCGUAUCUGCAGAGCUUGACGCACAGGUUCCAAGACUACUCCCUGGCAGAACCGAUCUUCAGGAAAGUUCUCAGAGGCGACUCGGUGAUGUUGCAAAAUCAACCUUAUCUUGAGUUCGUUGCCGCCACGAAGUUCACGAAUCGAGGUGUUUCGCGAAUGAGGCUCAUGAAGGAGUGCUUCGCCCCUUUCAACAUCGCCAUGGCCGUGCAGAAGAACUCGCCGCUGAAGAGGAAGUUCGACCUGGUCAUCGGCUGGAUGGUCAGCGCCGGACUCAUCCGACAUUUCUUCCUCGACUCCCUUCGCCUGGCCAGUUCGAGGAAGGUCAAACCAGGCGCCGAGGGGACCGACGAGGACGCUCUCGACGAGGCCACAGGAAGCCACGCCCUCACGACCACCGGGGUCAUCCCCCUCAGCCUCGACCACGUCCAAGGGAUCUUCUUCAUCUUGUUCUUCGGCUGGCUGCUGUCCAUGCUCGUGUUCUUCGCCGAGGUCUUCGUCAGGGAGCGGUCGGGGGGCAAGAGGUCGCCGGCGAGGGUCCUCGGCUGACGGGCGUCGAGGCUGCGGCGCGGCUCCCUCUUCUCCGGGCUUUUGGCUCGGAUUCCCAUCUCUUCUCCGUUUUCCCUCUUUUUCGUUCCUCUCUCUUCCCUCUUCUUCGUUCCUCUCUCUUCCCUCUUCUUCGUUUCU